GUCCUAUAUACGGUUAUUUUGUACUGAGCUGAGAGACUAGACGUGUGUAAAACUGAAAGAGCAAGAGAAUCUACCCCAUAUUGAAGUAGAUAGAAAGCGGAUACUGUAACUAAUUCUACCCGUGAUGUUAGGAGCUGAAUUGUUAAUGGAUAAUAUACUAUACAGAUUGUGAUGUCAAGAAUUGAUCUCAGAGACUUACUCAGAUUCCAGUACAAAACCAGUAGAAAUGGCAGGAGCAGCAGAAGCAGGCACGCGGGACAGAGCUAGCUAUCCCCUGGAAGUUAGUUAUUGUGGAUUGUGUUCAUUGCCUUUUGAAUACUGCGAGUACAUGGCAGACUACGAGAAAUGCAAGAAAUGGUGGGAGGAAAAUUUCCCUGACAUCUUCGAGAAAGUAAUGAAGGUUACCGAUGGCGAUGCAACGGAAACCGAUGAAGCCAAGAAACGUCAAAAAAGGGGUGGACGAGGUGUGAUCAAAGCAAAGAAGCAGGUUGAAAAAUCUAAAAUCACAGUUGGCAGAGUAUCAAGAAACAAGAAGAAAUUUGUCACGGUUGUCAAAGGUUUAGAGACGCAUGGCGUCUCAUUAAAAGAUGCUGCUAAACUCUUUGGAAGGCAUUUCUCCUGUGGGUCAUCGGUGACUGGAGAGGAAAUAGUUAUACAGGGCGACUUUGUGGAUGACGUGAUUGACCUUAUAGCUGAAAAAUUUCCAGAGAUUGAUGAAGACGACAUUGAAGACAUUACAAAUCAGAAGAGAUGAUAGUUUUGACACCACAUCUAAUGGAGAUAGAGAGGAGAGGAGGUAGUCGACAUAAACAUGAUGGAUAAUAUGACAGAGGUCUUGCUAAAAGAACAUCCUUACUUUUCGUGGACUUUGUACAAUAUAUAAAAUCAUUCAUAUGGAUGAUAAACACCAAGGAAGGAAAAAAAUUGCACAGACAAUCUAAUGAUAUGUGUGAUUUAAAUAUAAUUUGAUUUCUCUGCCAGGGAUGACAAUAUAACACCUGACAUAUGCAGUGUGUAUGUUACAUACGCUACAUUUUUCACAAAGCUGUCAAAAUUACACUUUUCAAUAUGUAAGAGAUUUGUUAAUAUCUGAUAAUUAUCCCCUAAAAGACAUAGAGAAAAAAAGAGUUCAUGUAUGGAAUUGUCACAUAAAUAACACUGUCAUCCAGUGUACCUAUAAAGCAUUUCUUUGAGGGGAGGAGGAGAAGGUACUCGAUUCAGACUGCAGAUUUCAUUGUGUCCAUCUCUUUCAUUGUGGCCCAAUCCGUUAUUGACACCCUUGAGCCAAAAAAAAGGGUCAGUUUUUUAUUAGUCAAGUAUGAAAAAAUGCCUGUUUAUGUUAUCUGAUAUAGCUAUAGCAAUAUUAACAUAUCUGCAUCUUCAGAAAUAUUAUUUUGACAGGUCUCACAAAAAAGUCAUUUUAAAAUUUCCACCUUUUGGAGAAAUAAUUACUUUUUUCCUCCUUUUUAAGCAUGAAAAAACUUACAGCUUUAAAGUUACAGACUUACAUUCAAACCUUGUUUUUGGACCUUGAUAUUUAAUUAAGAGUUUAUCAAGAGAAAAAGUAACUUAUUUUUCUACUUCGUUUAUAAGAGAAUUCCAAUAUAAUUCUUGUUAUAAGUUGCUUAUCCAUUGCCUACUGCAACCAGUUAAUAAUAAUGAUAGCUGGAUUUAUAAAUCGCUUUUUGCGCGAGGAUACAAAGCGCUGCUAUUAUUACCCGGCUUUAGCUCGAGUUACCAUCAACGGCGCUCAGUGCAUUCAAGGUAAUAAUCCUGCCGGGUACCCAUUCACCUCACCUGGGUCAAGUACAGCACAGUGUGGAUGAAUUUCUUGCUGAAGGAAAACACGCCAUAGCAAGUAUUCGAACCCAAGACCAUUCGAACCUACGACCCUCUGUUUGAAAGGCAAGAGUAAGAACCACUAGACCACGACGCACCCACAACGCUUUUAAGUUAUUCCCUUUACACUGAAUACUGGAAUUACAGAAUACAGUAGUCAAUAGGUAAGCUGCAUAUUGGGAAAGAAACAUGUUAAAUAGAAAAGUAAACCUCACUUGAUGCUCCUGUCUUUAGUUCUGGUAAAUCCCCCGUCAAUGAGAAUCAUUAUUCAAUUUCAUGAAUAGAUAUCAAUGCAUGCGCUACAAAACAAUUGUGGUGUGAAGUAUGCACACUUAAAAUGUGUUUUAUUGGAUGAAUUCAAUGGUUUUUCUUCAAAAUUCAAUUUGAUUGGAUGCCCAAUUAGAAAUAGUAUGUCUGUGUAUUUUUGUUUUGUUUAUAUAAAACACCUCAGACAUGGGAUAGGCUGAUAAUUUCACGAUAUCAUUUUAGCCAGUAGCCUUUUGACACCCCUAGUCGGUGCCCAAACUGCUUUUUUAAAUAGAAAUGAAACAAUGCCGAGCGAGGGCACUAUAUUUUAGUUUAAAUCCCAACAACUGAAUCAUGUCUUCUUAAUAAAGGACAAUUCCACCCCAACAAAAUU